UAUGGUAUAAAUACUCACAUCAUUGUACUGGGAGGCAGCAGAUUCUCCAACGUGCUCCUAACCUAAGGAUAAACAGCAGCAGUAGGAGGACAGUAGUGCUGAAGAUUUCUUACCCCUUUUUGGAACUCCAACUCACUCAACUGCAUGCUGAAAAUGGAAGGAAGAGUAUUGAGCAUCCUCCUCCUCCUGGUGGGCUUGACAGCUGUUCAUGGUAGUGGUUCAUAUAUAGUGAAGAAGGUAAUGAAGGCCUCCCCCCAGUACCAGCCCUACUCUGUGAAGAGCCACGUGGUGUCAGUGGCAGGAGAGCCCGGUACCCCAGGUGAGCCCGGCCCAGAGGGCCCCCCUGGCCCACCUGGCCCCGCAGGGGAAAGAGCUGUGGGACAGCCCGGACCAGAGGGCCCUGCCGGACCACCCGGACCUGCUGGCUACUCCGCACCUGGCAAACCUGGCUCCCCGGGUGGUCCUGGUAAGCCUGGUGUUCCUGGUGCAGCUGGCGAGAAAGGAAAGGUGGGGGCAGCUGGACUUCAGGGUCCCAGGGGCAUGCCUGGACCUGCUGGAAGCCCCGGACCUGCUGGAAUCUCUUCCACCGGCAUACCUGGACCUCACGGUCUGCCCGGAGCAAUGGGACCAAGGGGGGAAACAGGUCUUAAGGGACAUCCAGGUGUGCCUGGUUUGUCAGGAGCUAAAGGGGACAGAGGAGUGGGUAUCCCAGGGGCACAAGGUGAGACAGGGGCUGUGGGACCUAUGGGACCAGCUGGGCAGCCUGGAGCAGUCGGUGUUGGAAAGACAGGCAAGCCAGGAUUCCCAGGUGAGGCAGGAAAAUCAGGUAGCCCAGGUAGGGAUGGGGGCGCUGGUCCCAUUGGAUUGCCAGGUGCUAAGGGCCUCACUGGGGCUCCUGGUGUAGGUCAGCCAGGAAAACCAGGUGAUAAUGGGGCUCCAGGUAUGCCUGGUUCAUCUGGUCCUAAAGGUCAUCAGGGAGCAACUGGAGCAACUGGUGCUCCUGGUAUCCCUGGAUAUGGAAAGCCAGGAGCAAAUGGACAGAAAGGUGAAAGGGGAGUUGUAGGAAGCUCAGGUACAACAGGUCAGAAGGGUGAGCCAGGAGCACAUGGAUUCACUGGAGCUACUGGUGCUACUGGGCCCAUGGGUCCCACUGGUUCUCAGGGUGCAAGAGGCUUCCAGGGAGAUAAUGGGGCAAUGGGUCCCAAAGGUGACACAGGUACAAUGGGACCCCAGGGACCAAAGGGAUAUAAGGGAGAUCAGGGAGCUCAAGGUUUCCAGGGCAAGCAAGGUUAUACUGGGGCAACAGGGCCAACUGGUGCCACUGGAGCCACUGGAGCUCCAGGUAACAAAGGUGACACUGGCCACACAGGUUCAACUGGUGCUUCAGGUGUCCCAGGACCUGCCGGGCCCAAAGGUUUCCCAGGGCGCAAUGGUGAGGCAGGUGAGGCUGGAGCUGCCGGUGUCCCAGGUACCAGAGGCCCGGUUGGACCUGCUGGUCCCGCAGGUACACCUGGCCUUAAAGGACACCCAGGUUUCCCUGGCACACCUGGCCCAGCUGGACUUGCCGUUAAGGCCACCCCCGGCCCUCAGGGUCCCCCUGGGCUCCCUGGUAGUGAUGGUCAGGAUGGUGGCCAAGGCCCUGCUGGACCUCCCGGCCCACCUGGUCCUCCUGGCGAGGUCAUUUUCGAGAAGAGCAUAGGCAUGAGUGAGGUAAUGGUGCCUACUCUUGUCAAGGUCCCAAUGUCUGCUUUCUCUGUUUCCCUGGCUAGUCCUUAUCCUCCAUCUGGGGAACCCAUUAAGUUUGACAAUGAGGUGUACAAUGCAGAGAAUCACUAUGACACUACCACUGGGAAGUUCACUUGCCAGGUCCCUGGAGUAUACUACUUCUCAUACACCAUUCACGUGAAUGGGGCUCAUGCUCUGGUGGCUCUGUACAAGAACGUCAAGCCGGUCAUGUUCAGCUAUGAUGAGUACAACAAGGGCUUCCUGGACCAGAUGUCCGGUAGCACUGUCCUUAUGCUUGAUGUGAAUGACACAGUCUACCUUCAGAUUCCUGAUGAUGAGGCCAAUGGCGUCUUUGCCGCUGAGAACGUCCAUUGCUCUUUCUCUGGGUUCCUUAUCGCUUCAACGUGAUAUCGGUGUCACCCAAUAACCACACAACAAAAUCCGCAAGCUAUUUAUCAAACAAGUUAUCUCCCUGUCUUUACCAACCAGGCAGUUCUCUCUUUUUGAGGAAUAGAAGCAUCUCAAAUUGAAAAUACAAGAAGUGGGUGCUAAGAGAAAGGAAAUCUAACACAUUAUCAGGGAUGGGGAGGCAAUCAACAAAGUUACCAAUGAUUCAGAGUUUUUAUUUUGUGAGUGGAGGCAACAUGUGAAAUUGAGGUGUUAUGGCUAUGUUGUGUCCUGAAAUGUUCUUAUUUCACUUUUUGUUCUUUUUUUUUACUGAUUAUAGCAAGUGAUUCUUGUUUUUGUGUAUGUCUGUGUUUUUGUACAACCUUUUUUUUUGGUGACCAAUCAGAUUCAUUACUUUCUGUGCACCAUGUUGUACCUGACUUCCUUGUAUGUGACUUGAAUAUUGUGAAAUGGCAAUGGUGAAAUUGACCAUAAGAAAUAAAACAAAAUAUAACACAUCACAAAA